GGGCGGGAGAGGGAAGGUGUCGUCCAUUUUGGUUGAUUGUAGGCAGGGCGCCCGCAGGUGGUGGCCCUCAUCUGCGAGAGGAUCGAGGUGCAGAAAAGGGUGCUGACCCAAAGGAUUGUUCAAAGGAAUUCAAGAAAGGAAGAUGAGCGUAGAAGCUGUUGAUCGGGAGGCAGCCACAUCGAGCCGACCAUGCACCCCACCACAGACUUCCUGGUUUGAGUUCCUGCUAGAAGAGUCUCUGCUGGAGAAACACCUGAAAAAGGCUUCUCCUGAUCCUUCGCCAGUCCAGCUAAUUGUUCAGUUUUUGGAACAGGCUUCCAAACCUUUAGUCAAUGAACAGAAUCAAGUUCAGCCUCCCCCUGAUAAUAAGAGAAACCGGAUUUUAAAAUUACUUGCUCUAAAAGUUGCAGCACAUUUGAAGUGGAAUUUGGAUGUGUUGGAGAAAAGUUUAUCUGUACCUGUAUUGAACAUGCUAUUAAAUGAAUUGUUGUGCAUCAGUAAGGUUCCUCCUGGAACUAAACACAUAGAUAUGGACCUUGCCUCUUUACCUCCAACCACUGCCAUGGCUAUAUUGCUCUACAACAGAUGGGCUAUCAGAACCAUAGUCAACAGUAGUUUUCCUGUCAGAUUGGCAAAACCUGGUCCACCUCAGUUGAAUGUUAUGAAUCAGUUGCAACAAGAAAAGGAAGUCACAGAUAACAUUUUGAAAGUGCUAAAAGAACAGGCUGCUGAUUCCAUUCUGGUUUUGGAAGGAGCACUCAAAUUAAACAAGGACCUUUACAUUCACACUAUAAGGACGUUAGAUCUGCUAGCUAUGGAACCUGGUAUGGUUAAUGGAGAGACAGAGAGUUCUACAGCCGGAUUAAAUAUUAGCACCGAGGAAAUGCAAUGCCAGGUAUGCUAUGAUUUAGGGGCCAUCUACUUCCAGCAGGGUUCCACAAACUUUGAUUUAUAUAGGAAUGCCAGAGAUAAAUUUUUUAGAACCAAGGAAUUGAUUUCAAAGAUUGGCUCAUCACUUCAUUGCAUGAUAGAUGAAAAGAGGCUAGCUGGUUACUGUCAAGCUUGUUGUGUCCUUGCCCCCUCUGACAGUAGUUCACAACCGUCAACUCCCUACAGUCAAAUUCAUAGCUGCUUAAGAUCUGGCAAUUACCAGGAACUGGUAAAGAUUUUCCUUGAAGAUAACCGCAUGCCCACUUUACCAAUUCAGUUCAGACAGUCGGUGUUACGGCAGCUCUCCCAGAAGGCUCAACAAGGAGAUGAAGUUCUUGAUGAAAUCUAUUUCAAGGUUUGUGCAUGCAACAAUGUUUGUGAUGUGAUGCAGGGUCGGCCAGUUGGCGUCCAGUUUACUCAGAUGUUUCUUAGACCUACCAAAGAAAAAAUAGACUUUCUCCUAGAGGUGUGUUCAAAAUCAAUACAUGUAGAAAAUGCACCAGAAUCUUCAAAAAGAAAAAUGGCUUAUUUUCUAAAGAAUCUGUGUCUGGGUUUGGAAGAUCUCCAAUUUGUCUUCAUGAUUUCCUCCCAUGAGCUCUUCAUAGCUCUAUUGAAAGAUGAUGAACGAAAACUGCUCAUUGAUCAGAUGAGGAAGAGGUCGCUUCGAGUCAAUUUAGGCACUAAACUGAUAACAUCAUUUUAUGAUAUUCCAGCUUUAGCGAGUGUGAAUAUUGGCCAGUUGGAGCAUCAGCUUAUUUUAUCACUGGAUCCUUGGAGAAUCCGCCAGAUUUUAAUUGAGUUACACGGUAUGACAUCUGAACGCCAUUUCUGGACAGUUUCCAAUAAGUGGGAAGUUCCAAAUGUUUAUGGCAAUGUUAUCCUAGGAAUUAAAGAUAAUUUGACUAGAGAUUUAGUCUACAUCUUGAUGGCAAAAGGACUACAUUGCAGUACAAUUAAGGAUUUUGUCCAUGCCAAGAAACUUUUUGCUGCCUGUCUUGAACUUGUGACUGAAUUUUCUCCGAAGUUGCGCCAAGUGAUGCUGAAUGAAAUGCUGCUUCUGGACAUUUAUACCCAUGAAGCAGGAGUAGGACUUUCCGGAGAACGUCCUCCCUCUGACUUGAUCAGCAGAGUUCGGGGGUACUUAGAAAUGAGGGUGCCUGAUAUUCCUCUUCGACAAGUUGUAGCAGAGGAAUGUGUUGCCUUUUUGUUAAACUGGCAGGAGAGCGAGUACUUAACUAUGCACGUUCCACAUUCAUUGGUACAGACUAAUCCUUAUGUGAAGUUAGGCCAGCUUUUGGCUGCCACAAGUCAAGAUCUUCCUGGACCAAAAGAAGGCAGGUGGGCAGCUACAGACCUUUGGGAGAUUGUUGUACAAAUCUGCAGUGUAUCCCACCAACACAAAAGAGGGAAUGAUGGCAGAGUGAGUUUAAUAAAGCAGAGAGAAUCGACAUUAGGCAUUAUGUACAGGAAUGAGUUAUUAUCGUUCAUCAAAAAAUUGCGGGAACCUGUGGUUUUGACAACAAUAUUAUCCUUGUUUGUCAAGCUUCAUAACAAUCAUGAAUUAAUUGUGAAUAAUGUCACAGCAGAGUAUAUUUCCAUUUGGCCAUCAUCUUUUCCUAACUUUCAGUCGUCAGUAGAUUUUGAAGCAGUAGCUGUCACCGUCAAAGAACUAGUCAGCUAUGUACUCACUAUAAAUUCAAACAAUCAUUUCUGGUUGAUCACUCAGGCAGAUAUUUAUUUUGCAACUAAUCAAUACUCUGCUGCACUUCACUACUAUCUUCAGGCAGGAGCAGUGUGCUCAGAUUUCUUCACUAAGAUGGUGCCACCUGAUGUAUACACUGAUCAGGUGAUUAAACGAAUGAUAAAAUGCUGUUCUCUUCUCAAUUGCCAUACACAGGUAGCAAUUUUGUGCCAGUUUCUUCGAGAGGUAGAUUAUAAAACUGCAUUUAAAGCACUUCAGGAGCAAAACAGCCAUGAUGCUAUGGAUUCUUAUUAUGACUAUAUAUGGGAUAUUACUAUCUUGGAAUACUUGACAUAUCUUCAUCACAAGCGAGGCGAAACAGACAAGAAACAGAUAGCCAUUAAAGCUAUUGGGCAGACCGAACUGAAUUCUAGCAACCCAGAAGAAGUACUUCAACUUGCUGCUCAACGACGAAAAAAGAAGUUUCUUCAAGCAAUGGCAAAGCUUUACUUUUAAAAACUUACUUUCCUUUGCAAUAUAAGGAGAAGAAAAGUGUCCAUUUCAAGAUAUUUCAACACUUUAUUUAACAUGAGCAUUUUUUAUAAUACAUAUUUAUAAACAUACUGUGGUAUUGUCCUAUUU